GACAUGCAGAAUUUGUUUCUUGUUUCCGUUUCCGGGUUACAGAGUUCCAGACCGGUUGAGGUUGGUGACCAUAGAAUGAAAUGUUUAUUAUUAUUGUUAUUAUUAUUAUUAUUAUUAUUAUUAUAUAAAUACCGAGAAUAAUCAGCAGCCAGUAACAUCCUGAUCUCUUUAUAUAACUGGAAAAUAUAUCUUAUUAUACACUGUAUCUUAUUAUACACUAUCUGUAUCUUAUUAUACACUGUCUGUAUCUUAUUAUACACUGUAUCUUAUUAUACACUGUAUCUUAUUAUACAAUAUAUCUUAUUAUACACUGUCUUAUUAUACACUGUCUUAUUAUACACUGUCUGUAUCUUAUUAUACACUAUCUUAUUAUACACUGUAUCUUAUUAUAUACUGUAUCUUAUUAUACACUGUAUCUUAUUAUACACUGUAUCUUAUACACUAUCUGUAUCUUAUUAUACACUAUCUGUAUCUUAUUAUACACUAUCUUAUACACUGUAUCUUAUUAUACACUGUAUCUUAUACACUAUCUGUAUCUUAUUAUACACUAUCUGUAUCUUAUUAUACACUAUCUUAUACACUGUAUCUUAUUAUACACUGUAUCUUAUUAUACACUGUAUCUUAUACACUAUCUGUAUCUUAUUAUACACUAUCUGUAUCUUAUUAUACACUAUCUUAUUAUACACUAUCUUAUUAUACACUAUCUUAUUAUACACUGUAUCUUAUACACUAUCUGUAUCUUAUUAUACACUAUCUUAUUAUACACUAUCUUAUUAUACACUAUCUUAUUAUACACUGUAUCUUAUUAUACACUGUAUCUUAUUAUACACUGUAUCUUAUACACUAUCUGUAUCUUAUUAUACACUAUCUGUAUCUUAUUAUACACUCUUAUACACUGUAUCUUAUUAUACACUGUAUCUUAUACACUAUCUGUAUCUUAUUAUACACUAUCUGUAUCUUAUUAUACACUAUCUUAUUAUACACUGUAUCUUAUUAUACACUGUAUCUUAUACACUAUCUGUAUCUUAUUAUACACUGUCUGUAUCUUAUUAUACACUAUAUCUUAUUAUACACUGUAUCUUAUUAUACAAUAUAUCUUAUUAUACACUGUCUUAUUAUACACUGUAUCUUAUACACUAUCUGUAUCUUAUUAUACACUGUAUCUUAUUAUACACUAUCUUAUUAUACACUGUCUGUAUCUUAUUAUACACUAUCUUAUUAUACACUAUCUUAUUAUACACUGUAUCUUAUUAUACACUGUAUCUUAUUAUACACUGUAUCUUAUACACUAUCUGUAUCUUAUUAUACACUAUCUGUAUCUUAUUAUACACUAUCUUAUUAUACACUGUAUCUUAUUAUACACUGUAUCUUAUUAUACACUGUAUCUUAUACACUAUCUGUAUCUUAUUAUACACUAUCUGUAUCUUAUUAUACACUAUUUUAUUAUACACUGUAUCUUAUUAUACACUAUCUGUAUCUUAUUAUACACUAUCUUAUUAUACACUGUAUCUUAUACACUAUCUGUAUCUUAUUAUACACUAUCUGUAUCUUAUUAUACACUAUCUUAUUAUACACUGUAUCUUAUUAUACACUAUCUGUAUCUUAUUAUACACUAUCUUAUUAUACACUGUAUCUUAUACACUAUCUGUAUCUUAUUAUACACUAUCUGUAUCUUAUUAUACACUAUCUUAUUAUACACUGUAUCUUAUUAUACACUAUCUGGAUCUUAUUGUACACUGUCUGUAUCUUAUUAUACAUUGUAUCUUAUACACUAUCUGUAUCUUUUUAUACACUAUCUUAUUAUACACUGUAUCUUAUUAUACACUAUCUUAUUAUACACUGUAUCUUAUUAUACACUAUCUGUAUCUUAUUAUACAUUGUCUGUAUCUUAUUAUACAUUGUCUGUAUCUUAUUAUACACUAUCUGUAUCUUAUUAUACACUGUAUCUUAUUAUACACUAUCUGUAUCUUAUUAUACACUAUCUUAUUAUACACUGUCUGUAUCUUAUUAUACACUAUCUGUAUCUUAUUAUACACUAUCUUAUUAUACACUGUCUGUAUCUUAUUAUACACUAUCUUAUUAUACACUGUAUCUUAUACACUAUCUGUAUCUUAUUAUGCACUAUCUUAUUAUACACUGUAUCUUAUUAUACACUAUCUGUAUCUUAUUAUACACUGUCUGUAUCUUAUUAUACACUGUAUCUUAUACACUAUCUGUAUCUUAUUAUACACUGUCUUAUUAUACACUGUAUCUUAUUAUACACUAUCUUAUUAUACACUAUCUGUAUCUUAUUAUACAUUGUCUGUAUCUUAUUAUACAUUGUCUGUAUCUUAUUAUACACUAUCUUAUUAUACACUGUAUCUUUUUAUACACUAUCUUAUUAUACACUGUAUCUUAUACACUAUCUGUAUCUUAUUAUACACUAUCUUAUACACUGUAUCUUAUGAUACACUGUAUCUUAUACACUAUCUGUGACGAGACCAAUCUCGCCACAUUGCAUUGGAGAAGCCUGGUUGCUCGCCUGCUGCCUUUGGACUAUGGCCCCCUGUUAAAAGACAUCUUUUUUACCUGCAGAAAAGUUUAAUUCGUGCUUUUUUUGCCUGGGGUUCGGUAGAUUUGUUUGAAUGUGUUAUACCCCAGAUAGGAAUCCCAUGGAGCCCAUUUGUAUGAAACUGACUGUAAAGACUUUGGCUCCAUGGCGAUUAAACUGUAUUCGUGUGGUCUGAGCGCCAUUCACUUAAUAAUGUGCGCUCAGACCUGAGCUAUCUGGGGAUAUGUUAAAUGUCUGUGUGUUAUGUGUAAAAGGUGACUUUAUGUAUUUUAAAGUGUUUUACUGUCUUUGUGUCACCAUGUGCAUAAUGGAGUCUUGUCCCUGUCCUGGGAGAUAAUUGAAUUACUUCUCACUUAUCUCCAGGGCAGAGGAGAGGAAGCCAGGAUGCAUUGUGGUAAAAGGUAUGUGUAUUGGGUUACCUCUCAGGAUAAGGGGGAGGGAAUCUGUGGGUUGUAACUAAUAUGUUACUGGAUAUUUUAUACCUCCCUGUGGGCAGUCCUGUAUUUGCAAGACUGUAAUAAAAACCAGGCUGGGUGUGCCAGCACCACAGACCACUGCUUGACCCUCAACACAGAGCCUUGUCUCGUUCUUGGGGGGAUUCACUGUAUGCUGUUAGAGACUGAUUGCCAGGAGUGUAAGCGGAUUGUCUGCUUUUCCUGUUCGUCUGCUAGCAGCUAUUUGGGAGGUUCCAGUUCAGGAGUUGGAGUGCUAUUUUGUAUCCAGUUCGGGAGUUUGGUGUUCUGCAGUAGCUGUGCCUGCAUCUCUGGAAAGGGGGCCGAUCGCCUAAACGGUUUUUACCCCUUGUGUGCAAAACGGUCCGUUACACUAUCUGUAUCUUAUUAUACACUAUCUGUAUCUUAUACACUGUAUCUUAUUAUGCACUAUCUUAUACACUGUAUCUUAUUAUACACUGUAUCUUAUUAUACACUGUAUCUUUUUAUACACUGUAUCUUUUUAUACACUAUCUGUAUCUUAUUAUACACUGUAUCUUAUUAUACACUAUCUUAUUAUACACUGUAUCUUAUUAUACACUGUCUGUGUCUUAUUAUACACUACAUCUUAUUAUACAUUGUAUCUUAUUAUACACUAUCUUAUUAUACACUAUAUCCUAUUAUACACUGUAUUGUAUUACACACUAUAUAUCUUAUUAUACACUUUAUCUUAUUAUACACUAUCUGUAUCUUAUACACUAUAUGUUAUGAUACACUGUGUCUUAUUAUACACUGUAUCUUAUUAUAGACUGUGUGUAUCUUAUACGUUGUCUUAUUAUACAUUAUAUCUUAUUAUACACUGUGUGUAUCUUAUUAAACAUUAUAUCGUAUUAUAUACUGUAUCUUAUUAUACAUUAUAUCUUAUUAUACACUGUCUGUAUCUUAUUAUACACUGUGUGUAUCUUAUUAUACAUUAUAUCUUAUUAUAUACUGUAUCUUAUUAUACAUUAUAUCUUAUUAAACAGUAUUGCUUUAAUGGGGAAAGGGAUAGGACCUAAAUGUAUUAGAAAAGCUGUGGCAAGAGGAACGGGGGUAACCAUAGGUGGUAGGUAAUUGAAUAGAAAGGUAAUUGCCUACUCGUGUCAGUUAUUUAAAACAUAACAUUUAAUACAUUUGUUUAAAAUCUUGCUGUUGAGAAUCAACAAAUAAACCAAAAAUUACUAAAUUCUAAAACUAUCAAUAGUAUAGACCAAAAAAAACAAUUGUUUCAAGAAAACUGAAAAAAAUAUAUAAUUUCUAUAUUUGCAUUUGGCCCCUAUCUUCAAACGAGAAACAGUCCCUGCGAGGGAUGAAAUGCGUAGGGAUUGAGUGGACCUUGAUUUUUAUAUGCCAGCUGUUCUUUACUUCUGUGUAAGUAAAUACAUUUUGUAUUGUACACUUGACCUAUGUAGCCAUCUUAUUUGGUUACACUUUAUCUAUUUUAUAUAAAUGAGACCUACAACACCCAACUCCAUGAAUUGAGAAGACGUACAUCUAAAGAUUUCUGAAGGCUCUUUAUUUGGCUUUAAAGUGUGAGUGACCCAUUGGCACCUAUACAUUUACCCUUUUGGGUUUCUUUCCCCUAGCGGACUCACCCUAUAUAUUAUAUUUACAUUGACUGAAGAUUCGAGGAGAUCUUCUCGUUACUCCAUUGCUAGAUGGGAAGUUAAGCACUUUAUUAUCUCACAUUAGUGCAAUUACACUUACAUGCACUUUAUUUGAUUAAAGCACUUUAACUGUGUGAUAUUGUGAAUGAUGCUGUAUUUUUUGUUAUAUUUGUAUUUUACUAUACACUGUCUGUUAUUAAUUUUUGUUUUUUUGUUUAAUAAUUUUUUUUAAAUUCUAUUGUUCCACAAAAACAUAGAAACACAUCUGAUUUCUAGAUACAGUAUCAUGCUCUCUAUGCUAAUUAUAAAUAGUACAUCCCACGAUAUCAGAGAUCAUAUACAUGAAUUACAACAAACAAAAACAUACCUGGAUGGAUAGUAGAACCGCCCUUUUCACCCUCUACAGAGAAAAAGGAAAUCUGUUACUAUUACUCUAAUCCCGUUUCAUUUGUGCUCUCAAGGAUAGUUUGCCAUUCUUUUAAAAUAUUUCCCACACAUCUGGCACUACCACUUUUCCAAUUUAUACCUUGUUCCAUAUUGCAUUGAAACAUUAUUUGUGGCCAGUAUAUCAUAGCUGAUGUGCCCCGAUUUCUAGCUAUUAAUAGCUUAGUGGCUACAAAAAAAGUGAAUUAUCAGAGUUAGUUGUUUUAUAUUUAAUUCUAGCCAUUUCAAAUGUAGCAAAGCAAUUCAAGGUUUAAUAUCUAAUUUAUAUUUACCUAUCUGAAAAAGCUUCUCGAAAACCGUUUGCCACAUUUUUUAAAAUUAAUUCACAGCUCCACCAAAUGUGAAGGUAGUUCCCCUUUGAUUUCCCACAUCUCCAACAUUUGUAACUGUUUAUAGGAGAGAAUCUCGCAAGCCGGGGAGGUACUAAAUACCAGAAUUUUAUUAAUUUAAACUGAUUUUCUAAAAUAUUAGUACAGUAAAUCAAAUCGUUGUAUUGUUUCAUUGCAUCAAACCAUUCUGAUUGAUUAAAUUCUGUACUCAACAGUUUUGACCAUUUUCCCCUAAUUUCUUGAUUGAUAUUAUUGGAUUUAAUACAUAUGCAUUUGAAUGCUUUAGACAUUACUUUUGUUACUUUCUGUCUACCGAAAAUCUCACCUAAUUUGUUCAUCAAUAAUUUCAUCUCCUGUAAAAAUAGUGGCCUCCAAGAAAUGUUUUACUCUUAAAUAUGAGAUUUCCCUGUUAUUCAAACAAUACUCCUGUUGAAGUUGACCAGAUUUCUUACCUUGUUUAUCCAUUAAUAUUUGUUUUAUGUUAAAUAUAUCUGCGUCCUUCCGUGUUAUUAGAUUCAAAUCUUGAACGUUCGUUUCCAACACUUUAAUGUUUGUUAUCCAAACCUGCCUCUGUAAACCCAAUCUUUCUUUAAUUUACCACCAAGCCCUCAAUAAAUUCUCCAUCACAUAACUGUUUUCCUUUGGUCUGUAAUAUCUGUCAUAAUAGAUAUUCCAGAUUAUAAUAGAAAGGUCCUCUGAUCUCAUCAUUUGUUUCUCCAAUUUAUUCCAUAUCUCAGAUUCUUUUCAGUUUAUUACUUGUAUCGUGUGUAUAUAUAUAUAUAUAUAAUGUCCUAUAAUAUUAGCUUGGUAAUAAUCCCUAAUCAGGGGGAAUCCUAGGCCACUUUUUGUAACAGGUAAAGUUAGUGUUUUAGUAGCGUUUGUGGUUUUUUAGUUUUUGAUCACAACACAAGUACUAUAAAAAGCUUGAGUGGAGCAUAUCUAGCCAACUUCCUGGGAUCUCUAAUAGUACAUGUCUAAAAAGGUCCAGCCAUUUGGGUAGUAUAUCGGCCUUUAUCCAAUGUAUCCUGUCCAUCCAUGACAUUUAAUUCAAUUAGCAACCUCUUUAAUCAAAGCUGGCACAGAUCUCAAUGGAUCGCAAAGCGUUAACAUAAUAUCAUCCGCAUACAUGCAGAUCUGAUGUUCCUCUUAAGCAACAGGCAGGCCUCUUAUUUCUUUGUUCAAUCUGAUCUUUUGAGCCAGUAUUUCUAUUGUUAAAAUGUAAAUUUUAUAAAAAACCCGUAGGCUCCUAUUAUUAUGCUGCACUCUUUCCUUAAUUCCCUCAGCAGCAAAAAAUAACAAAUUGAAAACAGGUAUAAACAUCACAAUGACAAUAUCCGCCUAGUAACAUGACAUCCUUAUCCUAUAGUAGGCGGAACAUCGAUGACUGCUCCCUCCGUUUAGUAGAACUCUCGCAGUUUUCUGACUUAUGAUUAUUGUAUGAUAUGUUCAUUGUAUUUAUGACUCAUUAAUUGUUAUUACUGGUACCUCUGGGUGCUGGUUUAGUUAAUCUUGUUAUUUUUUAUACCUAAUUUUAUUGGUUUAUGCCAAACUGUAUUCCCCUUUAAGAACUAUUAUUUAACUUUCCCUACUGGGAUUUCUCCUGGAGAGUUUUUUUCUCUAUCUCUACAAUCUAGUUGCUUCCCAUGCCGUUUUCACGUUACCUGAGCUCUCUGGGUUCUUUCCCGCUGAGUCGCGCAUGCGCGUCCCGUCAGGGGCGUCUCCGGCGGCCAUUUCGCGGUUUGGCUGUUAUCGCGCUCGGAUCAAAUCCUGAGCACGCAUUCAGCCACAUUCACUUAGUCCAAGGUUCGGCAGACUUGCAUUCGCAUAGGUACUCUGUUCGGUUCCCAGAAACAUACCCCCAGACUUUUACAUAGCUGCGGCGGCCAUCAUUUUGGUGUCUCCACCUCGUCUCCACCUUGCAGUGGCCAUUUUCUUUACGCGCUUUUCCCUCCCUUUUACUCUGGACCACCCCCUCCUUCCCCUAGUCGGAGUUAGUGUCCAGGAUUAGUUAGUGGCGGACGGUUCCCUGUUUUCUGCGCAUCCCCUUUAUAUUAAGUGACUGCUAUUAUUGUACUUGGCAAAUUUGUUCUUGUGGGUUAUUGUACCCUGUUCUCACUUUUCUUCUAAUUGUCCUUAUAAUUUUUGCUUCUGCAUUAUUUAAUAAAAUGCAACCAUCUAAUAGUUUGCCUGGGCCCUUUGGGGCACAAACUGAUCCCCUAUUCCCCCCUGGCUUUCCCCCCUAGGGUUGAAGUUGGUUUCCCAGCAUGUGAGGAAAUUCAGGCUAUUAUGGACACUACUGUCUCUAACGCUGUGUCAAAAGCCCUGGCAACUGCCAUGGACAUUAUGUACUCAUCUAUUUCAAAGUCCUUUACACAGGCUUUGUUGCAAGCCCAGUUGUCUAUCCCUCCGGCCUCUAUGCUGGCCGUGACUCCUCCUACCUCUCAUUCCCCACACCCCGGCCACAAGGUCUUGGCUAAAACAAAGCACUCCUCCAAAUUGGUUAUGAUGGACAGUUCAAAACCUGUCAAAGAUGGCGUGACUAUACAAUCACCGCACAAGAGAACCUCUAGCCGGGCAAAAACCUAAACUGAUUCUACUUAGUCAGAUCUCAGUACACAAGAGGAAAGUGCCCUUAACUUAGAGUCAGACCAAUCUAAUGAUUUAUCCGACCUGGAUUCGGAUUAUAGAUUCGAGAAGGAUCAUAAACCCUCUACUGAUGUGAUUGCCACUGGCACUUCUGGCUCUGAUUUGUCUAAAGAUGGUAAAAUACUUAACCCUUUUGAGCCUGAUGACUCACGUCAUCCCCGCACAGCUAUGGUCACCGGCAGAGCAUAUGGCGUGGUACGUCGCAUCCUUGGUCCGCACGCCUCUUGAUAAGGCAGCCCGAGAUAAAUUGCGGGCUGAAUGCCCAUGCCCCACUGUACUAGACGAUGUCUGCAAGACUCCCCAAGUUGACCCCAAAAUAAUACAUACAAUUCUUGGACAAAAGUGGGUGGAACCCAAAAAAGGGUUUUGAUUUUUCCCUUUACAAUUGACAGGAUAAGGUCUUAGAUAUUUUGGGUCCAGCGACCAAGAGCUUUGAGGCUGUGUAAGAAUCCUUGGCUCAAGACGAUGUAUUAGAUCGUCUCACAAUUACAGGCUGGAUCCAGAGGGUGAAAUGCUUGAUCAGCAAUACUACCACUGCACUUGCCACAGAGCGCCGUAAGUCAAUCCUCUUAAAGAUAGAGCCAAAUCUCAUUAAUCUGGCGAUUACAGAGCCAGGCGCUCAAGCGAAAGGAUUCCUGUUUUGCGAGUCUAUGUCCAAACAUUUACAGCCUUACACAAGGCACAGUCAAAUAUGAAGAGGGUAUUUCAUCCUAUGGUUUUUACUGGGGCCGGCAGAGCUUAAGCAGAGUUAAUAAAGGUUUACGCCCGAACCGAGGCUCCUACACGGGGAGAACCCCCUUUCCUGAGCAGAGGUUCGCUCUGACCUUCUUCCUUCAACGAAGCAGGCCCUGGGUGUCAAGAGGUGCACGAGGUAAGCUAUUUCACUCAAUUUUCUUCCCCUUUGGUAAUAGGGGGCAGACAUUUUUCCCAUGUCAGGGCUCUUAUUACAUCAGAUACUUGGGUACCCCUGGCUGUCAACGGGUAUCUAAUAGAUUUUGUGUCUCUUCCUACACAACUUUCCUCACCCAGGGAGAUAGUGUGAUACUUAUUUGUUAAUUGGAACACAACUGCAGAGUUUCCUAAUUGAAGUAUUUGCUAGAUUCACCUCUUUUUAUAUUGAAAAAGGAGUAAUUACUAUUACCUUAAUUACACAUGUAGCUUAGAAUUUGUGUGUAACUAAAAGAAUCUGUUAAUUUUCAGAUGUCACUUAAAUUCCCUUCUGUGGAAUCAAUAGUAAUAAAUGAAGCAGGAGAAGUUGUAAUAAUAAUUGAGUUGAUUAUUGGAGGGUGAAUAUUUGUUAUAAGUAGAUCAAUUAGAAUAAAAAACUUAAUUAGAGAGAAUGACACAGUGGAUUAAUUGGAACAGAAAUACUUAACUUAAUAAGGCAAGUUCUGGAACUUAAGGGUUAUUUUCACCCGAUGGAAUGAGAAGAUAGUCCUUUAAGCAAGCCGUGGUCUAGGAGUGGAGAGAGGAGCAGUCCGUUUAGCAAUCCGUGGUCUAGGAGUGGAGAGAGGAGCAGUCCGUUUAGCAAUCCGUGGUCUAGGAGUGGAGAGAGUGGAAGUCCGUUUAGCAAUCCGUGGUCUAGGAGUGGAGAGAGUGGAAGUCCGUUUAGCAAUCCGUGGUCUAGGAGUGGAGAGAGUGGAAGUCCGUUUAGCAAUCCGUGGUCUAGGAGUGGAGAGAGUGGAAGUCCGUUUAGCAAUCCGUGGCCUUGGAGUGAAGAGAGUGGAAGUCCGUUUAGCAAUCCGUGGUUUGAUACAGGCAGGAUGGAGUAAAACAGCUGAUCACUUUUCAGGUACCUGUGUAAUAAUCCAGCGUUUUGAAUCUGGCGCGGUCUCCCUAAGUAUCGUGGAGGGACCGCGUCAGAGAAAGGGGAGGAGCUAAGCGCCGUGAACCCGGAAGUGGGUUCUUACGGCGAAUGUAUUUUAAGUUAUACCUGACAGUACCCCCUUCUCAUGGGGCAUCCUCUCGGUGCACUUAUCUCGGUUUGGAGGGAUAACGUUUGUGAAAUGCAGCAACUAACCUCUUAGCAUGUACAUUAGAUGAAUCUUCCCAAGUGUCUUCAUCAAUACCAUAACCCUUCCAUCUAAUAAGGUAUUGUAAGGAGCCACGGUGGAUACGUGAAUCCAAAAUUCUAUGUAUUUCAUAUUCUUCUUCACCUUGGACAAUGAUAGGAUCAGGAGUUGUUACUAAAUCCCUAUUGAAAGGAUCAGGGAGGUGAGGUUUAAGCAAAGAGACAUGGAAUACAGGAUGAAGUUUAAAACUUGGAGGGAGGUCCAGUUUAACAACGUUAUCAUUAAUAAUCGUAUUUACUUUAAAAGGACCAAGAAAAAGAGAGCUUAAUUUCUUUGAAGGACGGUUUGUGGUAAUAUUCCUAGAGGAAAGCCAGACCAGAUCCCCUACAUUAUAAUGAGGGGGAAUUCUUCUUUUAUUGUCAAAAUAUCUUUUCUGGUUAUUUUGGGCAAGUUGAAGAUUUUCCCGUAAUUUGAGGAAUAGUGAGGACAUAAAUUCGUUUUUUGAUGUAACAGUAGGAUUGGAUGAAAUAUCAUUUUGGAUGGAAAAUGAAGAUGGAUGGAAUCCAUAGUUCGAGAAGAAAGGAGUCAUUUUUGUACUAGAAUGAAUAGUAUUGUUGUAAGAGAAUUCGGCCAUAGGUAACCAUGUGGUCCAGUCAUCCUGUAGGUAUGAACAAUAACAUCGAAGAUACUGUUCCAGACAUUGAUUAACUCUCUCUGUUUGUCCAUUAGUUUGAGGAUGGUAGGCAGAUGAGAGUUUGCGUUGAAUUUGAAGGGAGAGACACAUCUCUUUCCAGAAUUUGGAGGUAAACUGUGUCCCUCUAUCAGAAAUAAUUUCUUCAGGAAGACCAUGAAGUUUUACAAUAUUAUCUAUAAAGACUUUGGAUAAUUCUACGGAGGAGGGUAAUUUCUUUAAAGGAAUAAAAUGGGCCAUUUUUGUGAAGCGGUCCACAACGACAAGAAUAGUGGUGGAAUGCUGAGAUGGUGGAAGAUCUACAAGAAAAUCCAUAGAAAUGGAUUGCCAAGGUUUUUCUGGAAUAGGUAAGUUAAGUAGUAACCCAAAAGGUUGAUUAUGUUCAGUUUUGGACCUUUGACAGAUAGGGCAAGUUUUGACAUAUAAUUCAAUGGUUUUAUUUUGACGAGGCCACCAAUAAUAUCGUGAAGUUAGUUCAAGAGUUUUUUUAAUCCCAGGAUGUCCGGCUAGUGGUGAGUCAUGAACCAUUUUAAGUAAUUUAUUUCUAAAAAUAGGAGGGAUAUAAAUUUUAUUUUUAAAGUAAAAUAUACCAUCCUUUUUUGUUAAUAUAGGUGUUUUGGGAAGUUCAAGAUCUUUUUGAUUCAAAUUCUUUAAGUCAUCUUGAAGAGAGGAAAGGAUUCCAAUUAUCUUGUUAGAAGGAUAAUCAUCAAUAGAAGUUUUAUAAGAAAUUCGAGAGAGGGCGUCAGCUUUUUGAUUUCUAGUUCCAGGUCUGUAUACUAAUUGGAAGUUAAAGCGGUUAAAAAAGAGGUUCCAUCUAACUUGUCUAGCUGUAAGGGUUUUGUUAGUAUACAGAUAUUCGAGAUUUUUAUGAUCAGUAUAAACAACUAUAGGUUGUUUUGUAUCUUCAAGAAGAUGACGCCAAUUUUCAAGGGCAGCUUUAACGCUUAACAAUUCUUUUUCACCAAUAGGAUAAUUUUUCUCAGCAGAACUCAAGGAUCUUGAAAAGAAGGCAACUGGAUGAAGUGGAUCUUGAGGUGUCUUUUGUUGAGAAAGAACUGCUCCGAUAGCUGAAUCUGAUGCAUCUACUUCAAGAACAUAUAAGAAUGUUGGAUUAGGUAGUUGUAGAAUAGGUGCGGUUGUAAAUCUUUUUUUUAAUUCAGUAAAGGCUUUUUGGGCUUCUUUAUUCCAAUUAAAAGGACGUUUAUUACUGUUAAGAAGAUUAAGUGGACGUGAUACAUCUGAGUAGUUUCUAAUAAAUUUCCUAUAGAAAUUUGCAAAUCCAAGAAAUCGCUGUAAUUCUUUAGUAGUAGCAGGAACGGGCCAGUUAAUAAUACAUUCAAUUUUUGAGUUAUCCAUUUUUAAGGAAUGAGGUGAAAUAAUAUAUCCUAGGAAAGAUAAUUCGGUAACCUCAAAAAGGCAUUUCUCAGGUUUAGCGUAUAAUUUGUGAGUUCUCAAUCUAGAUAGAACCCAUCUUACAUGCUUCCUAUGUUCAUCCAGAUUGUUAGAAUAUAUUAAGAUAUCAUCUAAAUAGAUAAUAACACAUAUAUCCAGGAGAUCUCUAAAGAUAUCAUUUAUGAAAUGUUGGAAUGUAGCAGGGGCAUUACAAAGCCCAAAAGGCAUUACAAGAUAUUCGUAUAGACCAUAUCUUGUUCGGAAAGCGGUCUUCCAUUCAUCAUCCUGUUUUAUUCUAAUGAGGUUAUAAGCGCCCCGAAGGUCGAGUUUAGUGAAUAUAGUUGCAGUUCUUAAUCUUUCAAUUAAUUCAUUUAUUAGCGGAAGAGGAUAACGGUUUUUUAUUGUUAUUUUAUUUAAGGCUCUGUAAUCUAUAAUGGGACGGAUGGUUUGAUCUUUAUUUCUCACGAAGAAUAUACUAGAAGCAGCCGGGGAUGUCGAGGGUCUGAUGAACCCUUUACGUAAAUUUUCAUUAAGAUAUUCCUUUAAGAUUUCUAAUUCCUUUUCAGAAAGUGGGUAGAUGUGACCAUAAGGAAUGGGAGCUCCAGGUAUUAGAUCAAUUGGGCAAUCAUAUACCCGAUGAGGUGGAAGUGUUUCUGCUUCUUUUUUACAGAAGACAUCUGAAAAAUCGGAGUAGAAUGUAGGUAUAACUGGUUCUUUAGUAAUUUGGAGAAUAGGAAUAUGUUGAAAACACGUUUUUUUACAGAAAUCAGAGGAGAAAGAGAUGGUAAAAGGAGACCAUUCAAUUAGAGGAUUAUGGGUUUUUAACCAAUUAAUUCCUAAAAUGACCGGAUAAAGUGGAGAUUUAAUAACAUCAAAUGUAAGGAAUUCGGUAUGAACGUUGUUGGUAGUUACUUUUAUAGGAAUUGUCUCAUCUUUUAUGGGUCCAGAGGAUAUAAAUGAACCAUCAAUAACUCUGAUUGGAACAAAGUGAGUUUUUCGAACACAAGGAAUUUUAUUUUUUAUAACAAAAGAAAAAUCAAGAAAGGUUCCAUUGGCACCAGAAUCGAUUAUAGCCUCAGUCACGAUUCUUUUUGUAUCCCACUGUAAUAUGAGAGAUAUAGAAAAAUAAGUAGAUGUUUUUCUUUUUUGUAGUACGUUCAAUAUUGAAGUAGAUGAAUGAUGCUUACCACUUUUUGAAUGUUUCAGUAGAGGACAAUCGGGAAUUAUAUGUUCUUUCGAGGCACAAUACAUACAUAAGUUUAAUUGUCUCCUUCUUAUUCUUUCUUCAGAGGUAAGAGGACUUCUUAUUAUACCUACUUCCAUAGGUUCGGUUUGAGUAGAGAAUUUUUCAGUGAUUUUAGGAGAAGUGAUAGGUUUUCUCCAGGUAAAAUUAGUAAGAACUUUUUCAGCUCUUCUUUCUCUUAGACGUCUAUCAAUACUAAUGGAAAGUUGAAUCAAUGCAUUUAAGGUGGGAGGAAGUUCAGUACGAGAGAGUUCAUCCUUCACAGCUUCUGAUAAUCCGAGACGGAAUUGAUUGCGUAAAGAAAUGUCAUUCCAUUGGGUUUCUGUAGCCCAUCUUUUGAAUUCUGCAAUAUAGUCUUCAACAGGUCUAUUCUUUUGGUGGAGAGUUCUGAUGGUUAAAUCAGCAGUAGCCUGUUUAUAAGGGUCUUCAUAAAGUAAAGACAUAGCUUCAAAGAACUCAUCCAAUGAAUCUAAUAUGGGAUCAUCAUUCUCUAAAAAGGAAUGGGCCCAUGCCAUAGGUUCACCUCUUAAAAAAGAGAUCACUGAACAAACUUUGGAUCUUUCGGUGAGAUAAGAUCUAGGUUUUAAGGCUAUUAGGAGUUUGCAAGAAUUCAAAAACUCUCUGUACUUUGUUCUAUCUCCAUAAAAUUUUUCAGGAUUACAGACAGCAGGAUCGCCAGCCGAUUGAAGAGCGGCAUGAGGAAGGUGACCUUGCAUGUCUCUAACAUAAGUUAAUAUUCUCUCAUUUGUAAUUUGCAGUUCCUGUAAACCCUGAGCAAUCGUAUCCACUCUAUUGGUUAGGGCAGAAACUUGAGCGUUAAUAUCUGCUGGUUCCAUUGUAAAAGGCUGGAUUAUUCUGUGAUACUUAUUUGUUAAUUGGAACACAACUGCAGAGUUUCCUAAUUGAAGUAUUUGCUAGAUUCACCUCUUUUUAUAUUGAAAAAGGAGUAAUUACUAUUACCUUAAUUACACAUGUAGCUUAGAAUUUGUGUGUAACUAAAAGAAUCUGUUAAUUUUCAUAUGUCACUUAAAUUCCCUUCUGUGGAAUCAAUAGUAAUAAAUGAAGCAGGAGAAGUUGUAAUAAUAAUUGAGUUGAUUAUUGGAGGGUGAAUAUUUGUUAUAAGUAGAUCAAUUAGAAUAAAAAACUUAAUUAGAGAGAAUGGCACAGUGGAUUAAUUGGAACAGAAAUACUUAACUUAAUAAGGCAAGUUCUGGAACUUAAGGGUUAUUUUCACCCGAUGGAAUGAGAAGAUAGUCCUUUAAGCAAGCCGUGGUCUAGGAGUGGAGAGAGGAGCAGUCCGUUUAGCAAUCCGUGGUCUAGGAGUGGAGAGAGUGGAAGUCUGUUUAGCAAUCCGUGGUCUAGGAGUGGAGAGAGUGGAAGUCCGUUUAGCAAUCCGUGGUCUAGGAGUGGAGAGAGUGGAAGUCUGUUUAGCAAUCCGUGGCCUUGGAGUGAAGAGAGUGGAAGUCCGUUUAGCAAUCCGUGGUUUGAUACAGGCAGGAUGGAGUAAAACAGCUGAUCACUUUUCAGGUACCUGUGUAAUAAUCCAGCGUCUUGAAUCUGGCGCGGUCUCCCUAAGUAUCGUGGAGGGACCGCGUCAGAGAAAGGGGAGGAGCUAAGCGCCGUGAACCCGGAAGUGGGUUCUUACGGCGAAUGUAUUUUAAGUUAUACCUGACAGAUAGUUAGCCAAAAUUGCCGUUCAAUUUCUUUUUUCCAUUUUUCACACACAAAUAUUAACACUAACUUUGGCCAGUGUUUGUGACCAAGUGGCUACUAAAAAAGACUGGAUAUACCCCAUUUCCAAUACCUUGGGUUGUCUACUAUUGCAAAUGGUAUGCCAUCAUGGGGGUAAUUUUCAUUCCUGGGCUACCAUACAGUCUCAAAGGCAACGUAACCAAUCUAGUGAAUUUCAAUGUGAAUAAACUUCAAAAUGUAAUAUGCCAGAUUUGACCCUGUAACUUCCCAAAACGCCAUAAAACCUGUACAUAGGGGGUACUGUUUUACACGUGAGAGACUUUGCUGAAUACAAAUAUGUGUAUUUUAUUGCAGUAAAAGCAAACAGUAUUAUGACAUUUACAGUUAGAAUGUCAUGUAGAACUAAAAUAACAUUUGUUUUCUUCCAUUGUUUUAUAUAUAUAAAAUUAUGUUUUAUAGCUAAAUAUUUGAUGUUAAAUGAAAGCCCUGUUUCCCCUGAAUAAAAUGAUUUAUAAUAAGUGUGGGUGCACUUCAUAUGGAAGACGCGAAUUACGCCUGAACAGACAUAUAGCGCAAAUUCAAGUUUUUGUUUACGUUUUGUUUUGAUCGCAACGUGUACAUUUGGCUCAGUCCUUAAGGGGUUAAUAGUUCUAUCAGAGCUUAUUUUUUUUAUAUACUGUUAGAACUACAUAGAUAUUACUGACAUGUUUGCGAGAUGAACUAUCUCCAGUUUAAUAGGUUUAGCACUCAUAUUUAGAGAACAGCUUAAAUUAAAGGUGUAUGUUUUGUGUUCAUAGAUUUGCAGAAUAACAUUGGAAUUAAAGAAUUACCCCAAGCAUAAUGACCACUUCAGUAUUUCGAAAUAGUCAUGGUGUCUGGAGUAUGUAUGCCCUAUGAAAAGCUGCACAUGCUGAGUUCAACCUCUUUGCUGCUGUAGGUGUAACUACCUCUAGCAACACCAUUGAGGCAGCACUAGCUAACCCACAGUAAGCGUACAGGGCUAGCUAAUGUCAAAUCUGCAUGUAUUUCCAUGCGGAGAGUGAUCAGCUCAUGCUAUGACACAAUAAAUAAGUAGAAGCCGGGUGCCAUCAACCUGCCUACCAAGGACACCUGGUGCCUGAUGGGGACCCAGGCAAACUGGUUUGCCUUAUUACUGGGGCACGACGCUGGAUUAUUCCUACUGUCAUAACUACUACAAUCCAUCAUGAACACCUGUAAGUGGUAAAUAGUGCUGAUUGUUUUUGUCUUUUCCUAUACCCUAGCAUUGGUCUCCAGUAGCUCACUGGGCAUGGCAGUUUGGUUGCAUUAUGCAAUUUAGUUUUUAGUUUUUUACUCGAUACCUAGCAGUUUUGUCCCCCAAAUGCUGUUUAAGUUUAAACUUUGUCCAUUUGCCUCUUUCCUACAGAUUUAAUCAGAAACAAACAUCCACUGGAUUAAGCUCCUUUGUUUUUACUCCAAGUAUAAGUCACAGUAUGAGAGAGACUACAAGUGAUUCAUCAUGUAACAAUAUAGAAACUAACAUGUAUUCAUCCACAGAACAUCCACAGACACAAUAUCUAUCUACAUAUAUUAAGGAGGAACCAACCUCGUGUCAAAAAGAAAAUCUAAUCAACAUUUCGACACCCAAAAAACACCUGCAGAUAGAAUAUCUAUCUGCUCAUGUUAAGGAGGAACAAACCUCGUGUAAAGAAGAAAAUCUCACCGACAUAUCUAGAACCACAGAACAUCCACUGAUAGAAUACCCAUCUACUCAUAUUAAAGAGGAACCAGCCUUGUGUGAAGAAGGAAAUCUUACAGACAAUUCUGUACCUACAGAUCAUCCACCGACAGAAUAUCCAUCUACUCAUGUUAAGAAGGAACCAACCUCAUGUGAAGAAUGCAAUCUCACAGACAUUCCUAAACCAUCAGAACAUCCACAGAUAGACUAUCCAUCUUCUUAUAUUAAGAAGGAACCGGUUUCAUGUGAAGAAGGGAAUCUCAUGAAUAUUUCUACAAAAACACAGUAUCCAUUUACUUAUAUCAAAGAGGAACCAUACUCAUGUGAAGAAGGAAAUCUCACAGACAUUUGUACCCCCAAUGAACUACCACAGACGGAAUAUCCAUCUAAUGAUAUUAAGGAGGACACCGCAUCAUAUAAAGGAAAAAUCAUAAACAUUUCUGCACCCACAGAACAUCAACAGACACAAUAUCCACAUACUCAUAUUAAAGAAGAACCAGCUUUAUAUUCUUGUCCUCAGUGUGGUAAAUGUUUUAAUUUAAAACCUUACCUUCAGAAACACAUAAAAACACACACAGGACAGAAGGCAUUUUCUUGCUUACAAUGUGGGAAAGGAUUUACAAAAAAAUCCUAUCUUGAUAAACAUCAGAUUCUCACUGAAGAUAAACCAUAUUUUUGUUCUAAAUGUGAAAACCGUUUUAAUCAACAGUGUGCUUUUCUUAAACAUAAAAGUAGUCACGUGGGUGAGAAACUAUAUUCAUGUUCGGAGUGUGGAAAAUGUUUUUUCCGUAAAUCAGUUCUUUUAAAACAUCAAAAUGUUCACACAGGAGAGAAAUUAUAUUCAUGCUCAGAGUGUGGGAAACAUUUUAGCCAGAAAUCGAAUCUUCAAAGUCAUCAUAAAAUUCACACAGGAGAGAAACCGUAUUCUUGUUCAGAAUGUGGAAAAUGUUUUACACAUAGGACGGGUUUGCAUUCACAUAAAAUAAUUCACACAGGAGAGGGGCCGUUAUCAUGUUUUGAAUGUGGAAAAUGUUUUACACACAGACAAAGUCUGGAAUUACAUAAAAGAAUUCACACAGGGGAGGAACCAUUUUCUUGUUCGGAAUGUGGAAGAUGUUUUAUUUAUAAAGAAAAUCUUCUUACACAUCAGAGGAUUCAUACAGGAGAGAAACCAUAUGCUUGUUCUGAAUGUGGGAGAUGUUUUCGCCAUAGGUCAAGUCUUGUUAAACAUGAAAGAAUUCAUACAAGAGAGAAGGCGUAUCCAAGUACAAAUGCCCAAGAGAAGCCAUAUUCCUGUACUGAAUGUGGUGAACGUUUUAUCAAUCAUUCUUUGUUUAUUAAACAUCAGCAAGUUCACACUGGGGAUGAACAGUUUUCAUGUAUUAAAUGUGGGAAAUGUUUUGCAGACAAGGAUGCUCUUGUCAGCCAUGAAGUACUUCACGAAGUUGAUAAACCAUAUUCCUGUUCGCAAUGUGGCAAAUGUUAUAGUCAUAAAAGGAAACUUGCCAGACAUGAAAAAAUUCACACAGGUGAUAAACCGUAUUCUUGUUCAGUGUGUGGAAAAUGUUUUGGCGAUAAAGCCACUCUCAUUGGUCAUCAGAUAAUUCACACAGGCCAGAAACCGUACUCAUGUUCUGAGUGUGGCAAAUGUUAUAGCCAUAAAGUCAAUCUUGUGAGACAUGAAAAGCUUCACACAGGAGAGAGACCAUAUUCCUGUUUCGAAUGUGGGAGAAGGUUUAUCCAAAAGUCAGUGUUUGUCUCACAUCAGAGAACACAUACAGGAGAAAAACCAUUUUCUUGCUCUGAAUGCGAAAAACGUUUUAACUGCAAACAAAGUCUUGUAAAACAUCUUCUCGUUCAUGCUGGGAAAAAACCAUAUUCUCGGUUUCAAAGUGUUUGAAAUUGACCAAUUUGCUAUGAAAUCUAUAGAGUCCUAGAGAUUAGGAUUGAGGGCAUUCUCUUCAUCAUUCCAUUGAGAUGUAGAUUUUGUUUUAAAUAAAUUGCAUAUUGUAAGGACCUGGUCACACUUUAAAAAUAUUCUCAUAAUUCAUACGAUCCUGUUUAAUGUUAGGCACUUGGCACGAAAAGUAGUGGGAAAUAUUUUUAGGAAUAACUUUUUCUUUGAGUAAUAUCAAAAGUGUUAUAACCCAUGAAAACAUGCAGAUUAAUUUGUUUUGUUUUUAUCAGAGUUUGCAAUUUUUGAGAAAUUGCAUGAAAAGUGAUUAGAUGUGUUCUAGAAUACAGGAGUUUUUUAUUGAAAAGUACGGCUUCAUAAAGAAAAAGGUCUCAUAAUUUAAUAGACUAGAAUUUCUUGAAAUAUGGUAAAUAUUUUUAUACAAAAUAAUUAAAACCUUGCACAGUUUUCUCACAUUAAAAAAAUAGUAUGAGUCCCAUCUGACUUGGUAGGUGUAGACAGAAGAGGUGUACAUUUAUUUAGUAUUCCCUAAUAUGUCCAUAGUGAAAACCAAAAGCCUGUAUCACUAUGUUUCUAUUCGAGAUAUAUAUCUAGGAAAAAAAAAAAGUUGUUAAUGGUCUAUGGUGCACUAUUCCUAGACUCCCACAUAAACGUCAAAUUAAAUUAAAAAUAACCAAAGCUAUAAGUUACCUGAAAUCUUGCAUUGGCCAAAAUCCAGCACUGUGAAAGCUUUACAAGUUAAUAAAAGUUAUUACAAAAUUUAAAAAGGUAAAUAAAAGUACUUUGUAUAUAUAUGAUCCAAGUACUUUUAUAC